AUGCGUCUUGUGAAGAACAAGAUUGAGCAUGAUGGCUCAGGCACCGUCACAUUGUUCCCGGAGGAGCCUGAAGACAUGUGGCACGCAUAUAACCUCGUUCGACCGGGCGACCUCCUGCGCGCAAGCGCUAUACGUCGAGUUACCACAACACAAGAGACAGGAUCCACCUCAUCCGCACGAGUACAUUUGAAUCUCGAAAUCCGCGUGAAGAGCCUCGAUUUCGAUCCCCAAAGCUCGCAGCUCCAUGUUUCUGGCCAAAUCGUCAAUGAGACUUCGCACACCAAAAUCGGACAAUUUCACACCCUAGAUUUGGAGUUGAAUCGCAAUUUCACUUUAGAAAAAGAUGUUGGCUCGGACGGUCAGGGUGUUGGAUGGGAUAGCAUUGCGGUGGAGAUGCUCAAGGAUGCUGUUGAUGAGGGCGGGAAACGUCGCGCGGAGGCUGUCGCCGUUGUAAUGCAGGAAGGUUUGGCUCAUAUCUGCUUCAUUGGCCAGUUCCAAACAAUAUUGAAGCAGAAAGUGGAGAUGUCUGUGCCGAGGAAACGGCAAGGCGGUGGUGAUCACGAUAAGGUGAGGGAUAUCUAUAUGGCUAUCAUUAAGGGAUGGAAGCUAACAAAGUCUCUCUCGCAGGGCAUGGGCAAGUUCUACCGUGUUACACUGGAUACUCUUCUCCGACAGAUGGAGUUUAAUACCAGCCUAACGUCGGGCUCGAACAAUGAGGCCGUCAAGCCUGUUCUACUAGCUUCGCCCGGUUUCGUCGCUGCAGGCUUCCACAAAUUUAUUCAGACGGAAGCAUCAACAACAACGCCUGCUUUGAGACGAUUACUUUCCAGCGUCGUGGUUGUGCAUUCCGCAUCAGGUUAUAUGAACUCUCUGUCAGAAGUCCUCCAAUCCCCCGCAGUGAAGACACUCUUGGCCGAUACCAAGUACGCGCGUGAGACCAGAUUGAUGGACGAGUUCUUGGACCAGCUGCGCAAGGAGACAAACAAGGCUACCUAUGGUCCUCGCGAGGUCGAGGCAGCGGUCGACCAGGGUGCCGUGGGUCGUGGCGGUGGUGUCUUGAUCAUGUCCAACCGAUUAUUCAGAUCACAAGAUGUCGCGGUACGGAAACGAUGGGUCGGGCUUGUUGACCGGGUCCGAGAUGUAGAGGGCGGCGAGGUGCGAAUCCUCAGUUCAGACCACGAGAGUGGAAAGCGUCUUGAAGGACUGGGUGGCAUCGCGGCGCUGUUGACAUUCCCUGUCAUUGAUCAAGAUUUUGAUUCAGACGACGAUGCAGCCAACUGA